AUGAAGUCCUCUGACAUCUUCCACGCGUACCGCUACACUCCUGUUUUUUUUAAGGCUCGUCAGCACGAUAGUGGCGUGAAUCAGUACGGCCUUAAGCCUGUGAACGCAUAUGAUUUUAUCAACCCAACGAAUCUUGUAAACUUUGGCCGGGGGACGUCGUUUGACAACCUUGGCGUGCGGCGCGCGGGUCGUGGCGAGAUUGACUCCUCGCCAUCUCUCGGCGGCUCCCCUGUUUUCACGCAAGCGAAGCUUGUCGGCCUGAGCGGCGAGGAGCAGCUCACUAUGUGCCAGUCAGAGACAAUGGCGUUGAGAGUGUGCAUGGCGAGGGGCGGGCAGGACACAUGUGAGCGGGAAAGCCGUGCCCUUGACGCAUGCCUCUCGCGUGUCGGACAUUUGCGGCGGGCCAUGAGUGAGGCGUGUGGCGAGUUUAACGACUGGUUCAUCCAAAACGUCUCGGAUAAUCACACAAAACCAUUCCAACAUCGGCCACAUGACUGGCGGCACUUCUACGCACAGGAGAAACUUGUGCGCGAGCGGCAGCAGAACGGCCACGCGUACGGCCGUCGGCCAAAACAGUUUUCAUUUGGCGCACGGUACGUCAAGACGGAGGGUUACGGCAAAAGGCCACGCCUACCGUACAACAAGUGA